AGCCCAUUUUGAAUCCAUAUGUAUCUACUGUCUCUCUCUCUAUAUACUCCUAUAAAAUAUUCUAUGAUACUGUACUCAUUUACAAAUCUCAGACUCCUGUUGAGACUUCAAUCUUGAUUCUUAGUGUACCUGUAUGAUAGCUUGAAAAUUCCGUGUAUGACAUGGCGUGGGAAGCAAUUCUGUGGGUGAUCUUUUUCAUCAUGAACAUAGCCCUCGUCGCACUAAAUCUCUACCAGAUUGUAUGCUUAUCGGAUUUGGAGGCUGACUAUAUGAAUCCUUAUGAGUCAUCAUCUCGCAUUAAUGCUGUGGUUGUUCCUGAGUUUGUGUUGCAUGCUGCAUUCUGCGCUCUAUUCCUUGUGACAGGACAUUGGUUCAUGUUCUUAAUCACUGUUCCCCUCACUUGCUAUAGUAUGAUGUUAUUUUUUAAGCGACAGCAUCUUAUCGAUGUUACUGAAGUUUUCAGAUUUCUUACUGCUGAAAAGAAGUAUCGAAUUAUCAAACUUGCCUUUUACUUAUUGCUCUUCGUCAUGGUCAUUAUCAGAAAAUUCGCUGAAGGCACAUUUUCCACUAUCUUAUCUGGCUUCCAUCCCAAUAGUGAAGAACUAGAUAUUCGCUCCUCCUUUCUUGAAUUCUAGAAGCCAAUUGUCAUUUCAUUAUCUGCUUGUACUAUCUGUUCUCAACUCCAUAAUGGAUGAAGAUGAAGGUGUGCAUGAAUUUGGGCUAUUUUGAUUUCCCACUGUUUUACGCCUUAUGAUUUUUGUAAGUCUGGUAAUCUUGAAAUCGAAUUUACUGAGAGAAAUGGCAAACCUAGCAACUAAAAUGAAUUCAAUUAGCCCGUUCUCAUAUCGCUAAUCAUAAUUCUUGGGUCAUUCUAAUCUCUGAAUCUUAACAUCACUAAGAAGUGUUGUGGAUGUAAAUUCUAGAGGUCCAUGCUUGGUUAUGAUUCAUAUGUUUUCAGUUAGAAUACUUAUUGAACGAAGUAGAAAUUCUGUUGCAGUGUUGUACUAUAUAUGCUUUAUACAGCCCGCAAUUGCUGCCUGUUGAACAAGCCUUAAUUGUAUAUGCCUUUUGUAUUCAA